AGAAGGUUCUGUACCUGGAGCCUAGACUGAUAGACCCCACAUCAGCUUGGCUUGUCCCGCCUACUGUUCUGACUUCUGAUUGGCCAGAUGGAGUUCACUAACUGCCCUGAUUGGUCCAUCAUCCUGGAGCAGUGACAUUGCAGAAUAUUUUCUCCUCCUCCAGCCACCACCAACUGCUGCCAACUCGCCACCACUGCUGCCGACCUCGCCACCACUGCUUUGUCUCUGAAGUCAGACUGCUCCUGGUGCCAUGAACAGAGACCACACCUUUGCAAAGAGACCCAGGGAUGAUGCUAAAACAUCAGAGAAGAGAAGCAAGGCCCUCGAUGAUAUUGCCACAUACUUCUCUAAGAAAGAGUGGGAAGAGAUGAAAUACUCGGAGAAAAUCAGCUAUGUGUAUAUGAAGAGAAACUAUAAGGCCAUGACUAAACUAGGUUUCAACGUCACCCUCCCACCUUUCAUGUGUAAUAAACAGGCCACAGACUUCCAGGGGAAUGAUUUUGAUAAUGACCAUAACCGUAGGAUUCAGGUUGAACGUCCUCAGAUGACUUUCGGCAGGCUCCAGGGAAUCUUCCCGAAGAAGCCAGCAGAGGACGAAAAUGAUUCGAAGGGAGUGUCAGAAGCAUCUGGCCCACAAAACGAUGGGAAACAACUGCACCCCCCAGGAAAAGCAAAUAUUUCUGAGAAGAUUAAUAAGAGAUCUGGACCCAAAAGGCGGAAACAUGCCUGGACCCACAGACUGCGUGAGAGAAAGCAGCCGGUGAUUUAUGAAGAGAUCAGCGACCCUGAGGAAGAUGAUGAGUAACUCCCCUAGAGGAUACGACACAUGCCCUUGAUGAGAAGCAGAACGUGGUGACCUUUCACGAACAUGGGCAUGGCUGCGGACCCCUCGUCAUCAGGUGCAUAGCAAGUGAAAGCAAGUGUUCACAACAGUGAAAAGUUGAGCGUCAUUUUUCUUAGUGUGCCAAGAGUUCGAUGUUGGCGUUUCUGUUGUAUUUUCUUGCAGUGUGCCAUUCUGUUAGACAUUAGCGUUUUCGUUGAUGAGCAAGACAUGCUUAAUGCAUAUUUCGGCUUGUGUAUCCAUGCACCUACCUCAGAAAACAAGUAUUGUCAGGUAUUCUCUCCAUAGAACAGCACUACCCUCCUCUCACCCCAGAUGUGACUACUGAGGGGAGGUCUGAGUGUUUAAUUUCAGACUUUUUCCUCUGCAUUUACACACUACACCCCACACACACACACACACACACACACACACACACACACCAAGUACCAGUACAAGCAUCUCCCGUCUGCUUUUCCCAUUGCCAUGCGUCCUGGUCAAGCCCCCCUCACUCUGUUUCCUGUUCAGCAUGUACUCCCCUCAUCCGAUUCCCCUCUAUCAGUCACUGACAGUUAAUAAACCUUUGCAAACGUUC